UUCAUCCUUUAAUAAGUUGUAUAUCAGAGCUGAUAUUUAUGAAUACACAAUGUGAGCUAACUUGUAGCUCCACCCACAAACCAGCUUCCUAUAAAUCUGUCUCAGGUUCGGUUUGGACUCAGCGCAUCAUAACGCUGCUGUAUGAGGACGAGUUUCCGGAGGCUGUGGAGCAGAGUUCAUACGACCGUAUGCCCUGGUUGGAGUUUCCUCAGAAUGGGGAGGAUUAUAGCACUCGUCGCUCCCCCCGGCUCUUCUGCUCUCACCUCCACGAGGACAUGGUGCCCCAUGGCCUACAGGACAAAGGAAAGAUCAUCUACGUGACCAGGAACCCCAAAGACAUCAUGGUGUCCUACUUCCACUUCACUCACUACAUGAAGCUUUUAGAGUGUUUAGAGACGCACGACGAGCUGAUGGAGAAAUUCUUUAGUGGGCGGAUGCUCGGAGGCUGCUGGUUUGAUCACAUCAGAGGCUGGUACACCAACAAAUACAAGUACAACAUCCUGUUCCUCAGCUAUGAGGAGAUGAUAAGGGACCUGAGAGGAGUCGUGGUGCAGAUUUGUACGUUUUUGGGGAAGAACCUGUCAGAUGAUGUCAUCGACAGCGUGGUGAAAAAAUCCAGCUUCAACUACAUGAAGAAAGAUCCCAAAGCCAACUAUGAGAGUUUACCUGAUGAUAUGGUAGAUCAUAAGAAAGGACGCUUCCUACGCAAGGGUACAGUAGGAGACUGGAAGAACUCUCUGACAGUGACACAGAAUGAACACUUUGACCGUGUUUAUCAGGAACAGAUGAAAGACCUGCCACUGGACUUUGUGUGGGACAUCACUGACAUACACACACACACACACACACACACACACACACACACACACACACAGUAAUGGUAAUGGGGACACACCUGUCCCAUUGUCAUAGAGAUUAAUAAGUAAUGUAGAAGCUAUUUGUCUAUUUUUGUUUGUGUAAUGUUAACAUUUAGUUUAUUUGUUAAGUUUUUUGGUCUUUUGUGUUAAUUUACGUUAAUUAGAAUGUUUACUCUUUUUUUUUUGGUAUUUUUCUAAUUGGAUUGGUUAGUAUUUCUUUUGUAUUGGGUUAGGCCAUGUGCACCUAGGGGACAAAAGGGGUUCAGUUGUUUCAGCCCAGAAUGCAUCUGAAUGUGCCUGAGGUUUUUUACCUGUUUGUCCAGCCAGUUGGGGACAAGGAGCAGGAGACCCAAAACCUGCAAACCUUCUAAUAAAGCUCACCAAAUGCA